CACACGCAGAGUUCGUCCCCACCGCAGCAUCUCUUCCCAUCAGAAAGGACAUACAAAGGGGUCCAGCCACUAUGAACGGCUUCGACAGUGGCCCUUAUGGGCAGAACUACACCACUGGUGGUGGCGGUGGCGGAGGAGGGUUUAUGGCGAACAGCCAGGGAUCGCCCGGUGGCGAUGGUGCAAAGAGGUCAGGAAGCAACACCCUGAGGCCAGUUACGAUUCGCCAGAUUAACAGCGUACAGCAGGCGCACACCGACGCUGAGCUUCUAUUGGAUGGUCAGGAGCUGAACCAGUUGACGUUUGUUGGCAUGAUCAGGAACAUCGCCAAGCAUCCCACUAACUACCAGUACAACAUCGAGGAUGGGACGGGGACUGUUGACGUCCGCCAAUGGCUCGACAACCAGUCUGAAGACCCGAGCGAGGAUGCGGGACUGGAGGUCAACAAAUACGUUCGCGUCACCGGCUCCCUCAAGACUCUCAACCAGAGGCGAGCACUGCAGGCCAGUCUCAUUCGUCCCAUUACCGAUUUCAACGAGAUCUUCUUUCACAAGUUGGAGGCCGCCUAUGUGCAUCUCCAAUUGACUCGGGGCGGUGGAGCGGCUGCCGACGGCGAUGCAAAGGCGUACCAGAAUGGUGGCGACGUCAACAUGGCCAGCGUGGGGAAUGCGCAGGUCGAAGACCCCUUCCAGCGCAAGGUCCUGCAGAUCAUUGAAGCCAUGGCCGCUGCCAACGAUGGCGAGGGCGUGUCCAUUGACGCCAUCACGAGGAGACUCAGCAAUGUGCCCAAGGACAAGAUUCGCUCCGCUUGCAACUCGCUCACUGAGGAAGGCUACGUCUACAUCGCUGAAGACGACGACCACUUCAUGCCUACGACGACGUAAAAGUACCAUUCAAGUGCUCUUCUGUACAUCUAUACUUUCUCUACCUUCCGUCAAGACACAGUUCGGCCGCCUGUCU